AUGUCUAGACUGCGCGGUUACAAGGAGAGUACAAAGAUUGGCAAUAUGGUUCUCGCACAGCCCGACAACAAACAUGUUAUGCAGGCGUUUAGCCUGAAGGGGAAAGUGGCUAUUGUGACCGGUGGUACACGGGGUAUUGGAUUGGAGAUUACUAAUGCUUUGGCGGAGGCUGGUGCCGAUGUGGCAAUUAUUUACAACUCCUCCAGCACAGCCGAAGCCACAGCGGCCUCUAUUGCAAAGACCCACAACGUGAGAGUCGCAGCGUACCAGGCCAAUGUGGGUGACCAGAAGGAGAUCGAAGCGGCUGUCCAGAAAAUUGUCCGCGACUUUGGCAAGCUGGACAUCAUGGUUGCCAACUCCGGCAUCGCCACCGCAGUCGCAGCCGAGGACUACACCACAGAGCAGUGGCAGCAAAUCAUGAAUGUGAACUUGGACGGAGCAUUUUACACAGCCCAGGCUGCUUCUCGGGUGUUCAAGGAGCAAGGGUCCGGUAAUAUCGUCUUUACUGCAUCUGUUAGCGCCGCGUUGGUCAAUGUGCCUCAGAAGCAAGCCGCGUAUAAUGCCUCCAAGGCUGGAGUUGUUCAGUUAGCCAAGUGUCUCUCCGUUGAGUGGGUGGACUUCUGCCGCGUGAACUGCAUCUCUCCGGGUUUCGUCGCGACUGAAAUUUUGGAUCAUCACCCACCAGAGCUGCGAGAGAAGUGGCUCAGCAUGAUCCCAGCCAGCAGAAUGGCUGGAACAUACGAGUUAAAGGGGGCAUACGUAUUUUGUGCAUCGGACGCGUCGAGUUAUAUGACAGGAGCAAACUUAGUGAUCGAUGGUGGAUACACCCUUCCCUAA